AGUGUUUCUCCAUUGCAUUCAUUUUGCAAUAAGCGCUUUCAGUCACCAACUAAAAUUGGCGAGGUAACUAGUCGUGACAUUACAAAGCUUCUAUUUUGUCCACAAAUAUCACUUUCAAUAAUGGAUUUCUAUUUCUCAAAUGAUGAGCUUCAAAUUUUUGUACCAAUUUUGAAUAGAGCAUUCUAUCACAAUCAGUUCUCUAUAACUAAGGGCAGUGCAGUUCGGAUUUGUGCCAGUGAUUACAUGUCUUAUUAUUCUCUUCCACCUUCUAUUACACCUACUUUAAAUUUGCUUCAAAUCCUAACAAUCAUUUCAACAAGUGUUUCUCUUGUCUCGCUUGUUAUAACCUUUACUAUGUAUUGCAUUCUCAAAAAUCUGCGUUCAAUACCUGGACAAAAUUUGAUGUGUUUUGUAUUUUCACUCUUUUUUGCACAGUUAUUUACCCUUAUUAAGAGCCCUUUCACUUAUGAUGACGUGGCUUGUACAACUGUUGGUAUUUUGACGUAUUACUUUUGGCUAUCAACAUUUACUUGUGCCACCUCUUCUUGUAUCCACAUGUUCCGAGUGUUUGCUUGUGAUGCAAAGUUUAACAAUACAAAUCCCUGCAAUCGUAUCAUCCUAGCUUACAUCUUCUUCUCAUAUUUGACUCCUCUGGUACUCGUCUCUGUCACGAUCGGAUUUCAGGUGACUUUUUCUGCUUCGCACUUGACUGGGUUUGGAGGUACCGCAUGUUUCAUAGACGGUGGGAGAAAAAAAUUAUUAAUUUUCAUCAUUCCAAUUUCAGUCUUUUGCUUUGUGAACGUCAUCUUGUUCUCCGUAACUUUUUCUAAAAUUCAGAGAUCUCCUAAAAUUGAAAAUGGUCCCUCUCGAAAUUAUCUCUCCAUUUACUUAAAGCUGUUUCUCCUCACAGGACUGACUUGGAUCUUUCAGAUAAUUGAUGGACUUUUUGAAAUAUCUCCAUUUUCUUACUUAGUGUCUAUUCUUAAUGGAUCACAGGGGCUGUGCGUCAUGAUUUCAUUUGUAUUUAAUGAAAGGGUCAGACGAAUUGUUCAAGAAAUGGUUGCACCCGAUACAUUUAGAAAUAGAAAGUCAAAUGUGAAGACCUCGUGUGGCACUGAUGAAACACCCAUGGAAACACCAGGUUUGGAGUCUUAG